GCAGCGACUCGCUAUAUAAAGACCGUAAUUUAUGUUAAUCAUUUAGUCGUACCCGUCGCAGUCAGAGACGAAAGAGUCGAAAUGAAGAACCAGGUCACCUACUUUCUUCUGGUACUGCUUCUCAGAAAAGUCUCAAGCGAGCCGUCGGACAUCUUCGGUGAGUUCUGCGAAGACCAGUCCUCGGAAGAACCGGAACAGCCUUCUCCAUCUACCUGGAAACCAAUAAGUAACCAAUAAAUUACGAAUAUUCGUACAUGUCAUACUAUCGCGAGUGCACAUGGCUUCAAAACUUUAGUUAGCGAGUUAGUGCGGAAUGUUGUCAAAAGGGACGGUUUGGCUGAUGGCAACCAGUCUACCAUUGCUGCUGAUCAUUUGCCUGCAACCAGGGAUCAUAUUGAACUUCGUUAUGAAUUCAGUUGCCCGAAGAAUUUCAUGCUAAAACGUACUAAUAUUGCCUAGUCUAAGGGGCAGCGCCCGUAUCAGGUAUGACUGUGAAGGUUAGCUUUGUAUCGACUAUGCUCUGUGCAGACAGUACGUGUUUUCACGACAGAAAAUACGCAGCGCCAGAUCUUCACAAUAUAGAAAUAGAGCUCCUUGGUUAACGUAUCCUAUCGCAUCUCCGUUCGCGUCUCUGCCGAUGAAUGGACCGUGGCUGUACCGACUAACCACAUGAGACACGCGCCUUUACAUCGAAGAAUCUAGAUCACAAUCUAGCAUCAUACAGUGCAGAAUGUCGUCAUGGAAACGAGCGCCUUGUCAAAUGACAACAAGCCUUGUCCUGUUGUUGCUGAUCGGUCUGCAAUCAGGGGUCGACUGCCUGCGUAUUUUGGCCAUAUUCCCUCUUAACAGUCACAGUCACUCGGCUAUGUGUAUCAGUCUGGCCAAGGGUCUGGCAGCCCGUGGCCACGAGCUCGAUGUCUACAGUCAUUAUCCGCUGAAGAACCCACCACCCAACUAUCGGGAUCACAGUCUUGCAGGCAGCCUACCAGCCUACACUAACAACAUGACUUACGACAUGGUCAUGCCGGCUCAACCAUCCUUAUCUCCUAGCUCUAUAAAGAAGGCAUUCGAGCAAAUUAGUACACCAUUGUGCGGUCUCAUGGAGCUGCCAAUAUUCAAAGAUUUACGAGAAAAAAAUUUCAAGAAUGGAUCUUACGACCUGGUUAUUGUGGAGGUCUUCCUGGCUGACUGCUAUCUGGCUUGGGGUCGCCAUUUCAACAUCCCAAUGGUGGGCGUGAUGACAACGCCUCUGAUCGAUUGGUUUAACGAACCUCUGGGGAAUCCCUUCAAUACUGCAGCGAUUCCAGGGUCAACAGUAAAGUUUCGGCAUCCCAUGAAUUUUUGGCAGAGAUCUUUCAACACCAUCGGUAGCGAUAUAUUCAGUAUUCUCAUUAGAUACAUAAUGUCUGGGCAAGACGCCAGCGUCGAACGUAUCUUUGGACCAGGUUAUCCUACCGCAUCUGAUUUGGAGAAGGACCUGGAUCUGUUGAUCGUCAACUCACACUUGUCGCUGGAGGGCCCAAGAGCUUACGUGCCAGCUAUCGUACCCGUCGCUGGUCUACAUAUAUCUGACGACGAUACAAAGUUACCCAAGGUCGUGCAAAAAUGGUUGGACGACAGUACCGCCGGCUGCGUCUACUUUUCUUUUGGAUCAAUGUUGAUGAUUGAAACGUUUCCCAAACCAAUGUUGAAGGCAUUCUACGAUAGCUUCAAAGCCAUCGCACCCGUGCGAAUACUUUGGAAAAUUCAUAAGCCAGAGCUGCUGCCUCCAGAUCUACCGUCCAAUGUCAUGACUCAGAAGUGGUUCCCUCAGAACCAAGUUCUUAAGCAUAAAAAUACGAAGGUAUUCGUGACGCACGGUGGACUCAUGAGUUCGCAGGAAGCUAUACAGUUUGGUGUCCCGAUGGUUGGCAUUCCGGUAUUCGCAGACCAACAACAAAACGUGAACGUCAACGUUUACCGGGGUAUUUCCGCGAAAGUCACCUUAUCAGAGCUUACGGAAGAGAAACUCACAAAAGCGAUUACUGAUGUGAUUCAAAAUCCUGUCUAUAGGAAAAAUUUGGAGAAAUUGAGGAGCCUUUUCGUCGACAGACCAAUGUCAGCACUGGAUACUGCUGUCUACUGGGCAGAGUACAUUGGAAGACAUGGUAAACAUUCACUGAGGUCGCCUCUCGUCGAUAUGCCCUGGUACCAGAAGAAUCUAUUCGAUGUUUACGGUUUCAUCCUAUUUACCCUUUACGCCGUAUACUUUUUAAUGAAGCUUCUGGUGAAAAAAGUUUUCGGUCAUUUUAAGAAAGACUCUAAACACAGCACGAUAAUUAGGACUGAAGUCACGGCGAAGAAGAAAAAUUGAAAUGCAGAUUGUGACGAACAGCUAGUUAGCAAUGGAUUAGACGAUACUUUACUUAAAUAAAAUACAUUCUCAUAUUUUUUCAUAUAAAUUAAUUUAUUAUUGUCAUGUUACAAAUAAAGGAAACGUUCCACAGAAAAUUCUGAUGACAAA